CAUUCACGGCCUUGGCUGUCAAUCAUCGGGUCCCGGCUGUUUGUUUCUCACCAACACCCAGUGAUCUCUGAGUAUCUCCGACGGGGGAGAGACCUGUGGAUAAACAACAUAGAUAUCUCCCCUUUCAACUCCUGCACACUGUUUUGUAUGGCUCUGCAUAGCAGAGCCAGUGAAACACACACACAGCACACAGCCUCAUCGUAAAACAGCAUACAGUUAACCCUUUGAUCUCCCCACAUGUUAACCCCUUCCUGCCCAGUGCCGUUAGUACAGUGUCAGUGAUAUUUUUAGCACUGAUCACUGUAUUGGUGUCACUGGGGAUGUCAGUUCCCUCCAGUGUCACAAUGCUCGCCGCAGUCCAGCAGUCC